AUUGAGAGUCUAAUUAAGGUUUUUAGUACAUUAGCUAUUCAUAAUUUAAAUCAUAGUAUUAAUGGAGUUUGAGAGAAUAAGUAUCAAGUUUUCUUUUUAUUGCAGGGACAGAUUGUUUUAAAACUUUAUAUGUCUAACAUUGGAAGUAUUUUUUAAAUAGUUGUCAACAAAUGGACUCUUCACUGUCAAAGGUAGAAAAUGUGAAAACAAAGGAUAAACAUGAGCAGAUCCUAUUAGAACCUUACAAAUAUAUUAGUCAAACAAAAGGCCAGCAAAUACAUAUUCAACUUAUUGAGGCUUUCAAUUUCUGGUUAAAAAUACCAGAUGAAAAACAACAAAUUGUUUCUGAAGUUGUGCAAAUGUUACAAAAUGCAAGCUUAAUUGUUGAUGACAUAGAAGAUAAUUCCAAAUUGAGGCAAGGAAUUCCAGCCACUCAUUCAAUAUUUGGUGUUGCUAAAGCAAUCAAUGCUGCCAAUUAUGUUUAUUUACUGGGGAUAGAGAAAUUAUUUUUACUAGAAAAGUUUGAAGAAACUUUUAGAAUAUUUACAGAACAUUCUCUAGAAGUUCACAGAGGUCAAGGGAUGGACAUUUACUGGAGAGAUGCAGUCAUUUGUCCCACUGAAGAAGAGUACAAGUUGAUGGCUUACAGAAAAACUGGUGCUUUAUUUGGACUUGCUGUAAAAUUAAUGCAGCUUUUUAGUACAAAUAAAAGUGAUCUCGAUAAUUUAGUGAAGCUGCUGGGAAUCUACUUUCAAAUCAGGAAUGACUAUGCCAAUCUCUGUUCUAAAGAGAAAGAAGCUAACAAGAGUUAUUGUGAAGACAUCACAGAAGGAAAAUUUUCAUUUCCACUGAUUCAUGCUAUCAGAAGUAACCCAGAUGACAAUCAAGUUUUCUUUAUCCUGAGACAAAAAACAACAGACAAUGAUAUAAAAAAAUAUUGUUUGCAAUACUUGGAAAAAGUGGGAAGUUUUGAAUAUACAAGAAAAGUCCUUUCUGAACUGGAAUAUAAAUUGUUACAAAACAUGGAAUUUUUAGGUCAAAAUCCAAAAUUUAUUGCUAUUAUCGAAGAACUCAGUAAAAUCUACUCAGCAUUAGAGGAUUGUUACAAAUAAAAUCAUUUUAUUUCAUACAAAAUAUACC